AAUACACAGAAAAAUAUGAGAAGUAUGUUAUAAUUAUUGUUACGUUAUGUUUAAAAAAAAUGAAAAAAAAUAGUUCUCAUGUAACAAUUAGUAAUAUCAACUCUAGUAAGUUUAUCGAAAUAAUACAUAUUGCUUGCAGAGACAACAAGUAACGCGGAAAAUAUUGUAAAAUUAAUUUAAUAAUAUAUUAUUGAAUGAUGCUAAAUGUGAUCAAUUAUUAGAAAAAUAAACAUACAUAUACGUUGUGGAGUCUACUCCGUGUUGCAGUUCAACAAACUCUUAUUUGAUUAUUUCUAUAUGUAUAAUCCUCCCAUUUCUGAGGUAUAUAAACUGAUGACAACUAGUUACAAGUGUUAUCAGUUGGUUGAUAACAAAUAGUAAAAACACACGAUAUUUGCUAAACUAGGUGGGACACUAUACCUUGGAAUUGAGAAUUUAACAUUAGCUACACAGACGAUGGAAGCUGAACCAGAGAACUGUCCGGGUGUUGGUACAGAGAAUGCCGGUAAGUCUAGCGCUUGCGCUGGUUGCCCCAAUCAACGAUUAUGUAGUGACCCAAAUACUAAAUUGGAAGAUCCUGGAAAAGCUCUUGUUACUGAGGCAAUGCGUGAGGUCAAACAAAAACUGCUUGUCCUUUCCGGCAAAGGUGGUGUGGGUAAAAGUACCGUGACAACUUUAUUAUCACGUUACCUUGCCCACAUAUAUCCCGAGCAUAACUUUGGAGUUCUGGACGUUGAUAUUUGCGGCCCAUCUCAGCCACGUUUGCUUGGUGUUGAGGGCGAAAAUGUGCACCAAUCAGGUUCUGGAUGGUCCCCGGUUGGUGUGGAUGACAAUUUAUGUCUGAUGUCAAUUGGUUUUCUGCUUGGUUCAACAGACGAUGCCAUCAUUUGGCGAGGUCCUAAAAAGAAUGGCAUGAUUAGACAAUUUUUGAGUGAAGUAGAUUGGGGAAAAUUAGAUUUACUACUCUUGGAUACACCACCUGGAACCUCAGAUGAACAUUUAUCUAUUGUAUCAUAUUUGCGAAAUGACACGGCUCCAGAAACAUUACAAGCCUUAAUAGUAACAACACCUCAAGAAGUAUCUUUAUUAGAUGUGCGAAAAGAAAUAAAUUUUUGCAAAAAGCAGCGUUUGUCUGUAUUGGGUGUGAUAGAGAAUAUGUCGGCAUUCCGUUGUGGACACUGUGGAGAAACGUCAGAAAUAUUUCCAGCAAAAACAGGUGGCGCAGCAGCAAUGUGUGCGGAAAUGAAGGUCCCGUAUUUAGGGGUACUGCCUAUAGAUCCUGAAGUGACCAAAGCUUGUGAUAUGGGUGAAGAUAUAACUAGUAUAAAUAAUUCCACUACAGAGGCUUUAGCCAGUAUCAGUCAAAAAAUUGUUGAGGGUUUAAAAAUGCUGUAAAGAGUUAUGUAUAUAAAAUAAAGUUAACAAACGAAGAAGUUAAUAUAUAUGUAUACUAUAUAUACAAA